AGGAGGCUUGUCUUACCGCCUUUCUUCCUCCUGGUUAACCAGACAUGUGAUUAGCAUUGCCGUCUGCUCCUUGGUUUGCCCUCCAGUCAGCCGGCUGUGCCUUCGGAGGAUUUACAGCCAGAGGGCCACUCAGUCCGCAGCAAAGCCCAGCACCACCCACUCUUCAUUAUGCCUGGCACCGCCACCGGGAAGAAGCUGGAUCUUUCCAGGCUCACGGACGAGGAGGCCAAACACGUGUGGGACGUCGUCCAGCGAGACUUCGACCUGCGGAAGAAGGAGGAAGACCGUCUCGGGGACCUGAAGACCAAGAUUGAGAAGGAGGACACUAAAACGGAGCUGUUAGGGAACCAGACCAGUCUGACUGAGUCCUACUGCAUUCGGUGUCUCCAGCCCUUCAAGUUCCUGGUCAACAGCAGACGUCAGUGUCUGGACUGCCACCAUUACAUCUGCAAGUCCUGCAGCCGCUACAACAAGAAGGAGCACGGCUCAGUGUGUGAUCCCUGUCACAUGGCCAGGGUCCUGAAGAUCGGCACGUUGGAGUGGUUCCAUGAAAAUGUCCGCACCCGCUUUAAACGCUUCGGCAGCGCCAAGGUGAUGCGCUCGCUCUUCAAGAGGCUGAACGGGGAACACAGCGGCUCUCAGAGUGACUACGGAGCAGAUGGAUAUGAGGAGCACAGUCUGGAUGCCACGGACUCACAACACUACAAAAGGAUAAAAAAGUCCAAAAGGAGGCUAACUGUCGAUCCCAUUGAUUUCCAACCGGGCCGUGACUACUCCGAGUCAAGAGGACAGUCGAACCAGGCCCCGGGUUCCCAUGACAUCCUGGUCAUGGAUGUCGGUGGGGGGGAGUUGAACCUCGCUGAAGCCGACAUGGCCUCUGUUUUCCAUCAGAUGUCGGAGCAGCAACGUGCAGAUGACCUGGUGUUCUCGGACAGUCGAACCGUCCCGUCCCGCUCCGUCUCCCAGCUCAGCCACACCUCCUGUGGCAGCGGCAGCGCGGGGGGCCCCCCCCGGGGCAGCGGCAGCUACCUGCCCGGCCCUGACGACUCUGGGGAGGAGGAGGACGAUGACCCCUGCCGGCCCUACCUGCUCUACCACUCUCACCUGGGCCCCUGCAGCCACACGUCCCAGGAGAGCUUGAACUCAGCCAACCCCCCACCGCAGAUCACUGACCUGAACAGACAAAUAUCAAACAUAGAGACCAUCUUGAGUCGCUUAGAACAGAAGGUCACCUCCACAUAUGACCAGGCGUCCCUAACCCCAAACAGCAGCUCUCCUCUUCCUCAGUGGGAGGGAGUGGACCUGGAGGAGCAGCAGCUCAGGCAGAAGCUGCACGACAUGACGAACGACAUCAGCGACCACAGCCUGACCUCCGACGAGGACGAGUCCAGCGGGCCUCAUUCCUCGCAGGAGAUCCCGGCGUGGAGGAGCCCAGAGGCGGACAGUAAACCUUCCAGACUCCCGACCAGGCCUUCGUCCAGAACAAGCACCGUGGACUCCAUCCUGGAGGAGGAGCCUCAGCAGACCGACUCUCAGAAGACAAACCAUAUGACAGAGAGCGUGGAGAGGAAGUGGCUCCCCCUGGAGGAGGGAUCGACGUCGAGCUUCAGAGGCUCGACAGCUUUACUGGUCGAACUGGAAGGCCAGGUAGCUCAAGCAGCUGCCGAUGUCCAAAACACCGAGAGCGAGGUCUCUUACAUAGAGGACAGAAUCGCUGCUCUGAACGCUGCCGGCAUGCCUGUGGAUAAAAGGAAAAGGUCUGCGAUCCCGAUCCACCCGAGAAGACUUUCCCACAACUUCCCCUCAAGCCAGGUGAACAGGUUUGCGAGGAACUCCCUCUACACGGGCUCCCUGACGCAGAGGAACCCCGUGGCCAAGCCCAAGACCGGAGCAAACUGUGCGAAACCAGUCAUGACUCAGGGUUCCUGAGGAGGAGGCUGAGCCUUUUGUGACCCAGCUGUCACAUUGUCACUGUCACUGACCACAUUCAGUCAGUUUAUUACAGUCGUCAUAACUGGACGUUUAGCAUAAUGAACUUUAGUCCAGUUUAAGGGUGAAUGACUUAGAUUUCAGAGACCGUCACCUGGAGUGGGACAGCUUUAUGUUUUAUAAAAAAUGUGCCCUUUUCAUAUUAUUAUGCCAUUUUACAAUAUUUAUAGUUUAUGAUUCAGUUACACACGAUGUGCACUAACAUUGCUUCGAUUGCAAAAGCAUUUACAUUUGUCAUAAUAAUCUGAUAUUGUUAAGAUGCUUAUUUCAAUGUUGCAGUGCAAAUGAAAAGAUGGACAUGUUGCAGCAUGUUUAAUCCUGCAUGCUGGUAGCUAGCCAGUCUGUGAACACUUUAAUAUCAUCUGUCACAUAUUGUUAAUGUUUUGUGAUAUUUCAUUAAUAUCUUUGUCAAGGAGAAAUGAACAGCAAGUUUAAAUAUCUACUUUAAGGUAUGUGAGUGUGAAUGUGAAUGAAAUUAAUUCAGUGUGUAGAGAGAUACACAAACAGUGGAGUGCAGCUGGUGACCAAGACAACACAACUGCAACAUACUGCAUAUUAUUCACCUCCUGACCAGAGGAGACCAUAAGUCAUAAUUAGUCUUUUUAAAAAAAUAUAUAUAUAUAUAAAUACACGUUUUGUAUUGUGACAUAAUAUUUAAAAUAUAUGUUUGUUAGGUUUUUCUGCAUAUUUAUAGCAACAAGACACUUAAAGAUAUGUGACUUUUUCUAAAUCAACAUAAUCAGUAGGUUUAUAUUCAACCUAAACUCAGAUUGUAACAAAAUGCACAGAAACAAGAACUAUUUAUUUUUUGUCAUUAUCUCCUCAAUCAAUUAAUGUCAGAUAACUGCAUGCUGCAUAUUCUGAAUCCAGAUGUUGAAGGAAAUUGUGUUUUUGAAGAUGAUCCAAUGAUUUGCAUUAGUUUGUGCUCAUGCAGUCGGGUGACAAAUGAAAUGAAAACGCUCAAUGAGACACAAAACCAGAGCAAAUGCUUCUGUACAGUUUGAGAUCAGAGAAGAAUCCUAAUAGAUGAUUAAUAUACUGUAUGUCUCAACAUGAAUUCUAU